AUGGAUUUUCAGACAACAAUUAUCUCAAAAGAUGAACUGGAAACAGCUUUAGACGGGGUUUCUAUGAGCAACAGGACUCUGAUAAUUGUUAUCAUAAACAGAGCAUACGCUGAAGAGAAGGGCAUGCUAUAUAUUUUCAUUGAAAGCUUUCGGUUAGGCGAAAAUACUGAGUUCUUGCUUAGUCACCUCCUCCUCGUCGCUGUCGACCAGACAUCCUUUGAUCAGUGCAAUCUCCUACACCUGCAUUGCUACAAACUUGUUACGGACGAUGUAGAUUUCACUGGAGAGAAAUUAUACAUGUCGGGUGAUUUUAUUAAAAUGAUGUGGAGGAGAACUAUCUUCCUUGCUGAUGUUCUUAGAUGUGGUUAUAACUUCAUCUUCACAUUAUUUGCAUCUGGAGAACUUGUAGAAUGUAGGAAUUUCGAAAAGUAG